CCAACACAGCAAACCUAAGCCCGAUGGCAAUCAUGCAGUUCCACUCCCUCGUUGUCCUCCUAGUGUUGCUGCUAUGCGGAGCAGGCGGCUCCUCCACACCACAGCCGGCGCCGCUGACACAAGACGAUCUGUGUGUCGGCAUAAGCACGUCCAACGGAGAGCUGGCGUGCCUCGUCAACGCCGCACUGGCGUGCUUGGUACAGAAUGCCAUCACUGACGAGGUUACCUUCACGCCAUGCUUCAUCACAGUCGUCCUGAAGGAGAAAUGCUUGGCCAAGGAUAAGGGGGAGCCUAAUAACAAGGACCACUGCAUCGGCAUAAACGUUGACAUCGACAACGAACAGCUGUCAUGCCUUGGAGAUUACGCCUGGACCUGCUACAACAGCUUCACCGGGCACAUCCCUCCCGUGUUCACCGCGUGCUUCCAAGGCAGCGUCUUCAAGUGCACCCGACAUUGAUCUUUGUCAGGAUUCAUUCCACCAGCUGCAGCAUGCAUGAUCAACUGCUUGCGGACAAUAAAGGGGUUUGUGUGUGUGUGAUUUUAGUAUAUGGUAGUAGUAGUAAUAUGGUAUGGUUGUGCCAUAUUUCUCGGUUUUUUCUUUUGAUAAUUUCGCUGGAAAAAGGAAAAACAUAAUGAGAAGCAUUGAGCCUUGUACUGGUCUCAUCAAAAGGAAGCUGAAAAUGAAAAACAAAAGAAUGCUAGCUUGGUUGUAUA